AUGGUUAACCUCUUUAUUCAUUCCGCCAGUAGGAAACAAAUGAGUCUAAAUCACAAUCGCGUGCACGUGAAUGGCUCAGCAUCAUGGCCCAAGUCCACCGACCUGAUUGGCAUCAUCGGACUGAUCCCUGCAUCCCCCACUACUGCGGAGGACUUAUGGUCAUCUAGGGUCGAGAGUUCAUAUGGGAGCAAUUGGUGUCAGGAAACAGUGAUACCAUCUGUUGACCAGAUCAAUCCGCUGUGCCCGCAGUGGGGAACGCCCAACGACCUCGGGAAAUACCCUGAGUCGGCGUGUCAGUUGCCAUCCGCCAGCAUCAAGCCCAGACUAUCACAUACAAUCUGGCCCAGCGCAAAAGAUAUGUUCUUACAAGCGGUCGCAAAGUUCUCUUCUGGCAAGAAUACGGAGGUCCUCAUUCGGCUGCACCGAUACCUGCGGCCGGUCCUGACCGGGAGUGGGGCCUGCGGGCAGACGUUGAUGGGAUCCGCCACAGCUGCAUUUGCCGCACUCGGGGCGGCGUCGGUUGCCCAGCUUCGGAUCGCUGCCGAGCCAAUCCCGGUCUGGUGGCUUCUUCCGCGAUUUGCUUCCUGGAGCAGACUUGAGGUCCCCAUAGUUAGCAUGAAGGAAGCCAUUGAAGGUCCGGAAAUCCCUCCUUCCGCUCUAGGCCUUGUGAACAGGGAGACCGUUGGCAAUGCCUCACACGAAACCCGCGGCGAGCCGAUGCCGCGCACUUUCUGCACUCAGCGAAUUCCACCUUACUUUUUUGUCCUGAGGUCUCCCCGCCCGGGCAACCUCAGCUUUUACCUCCUGCAACCUCACCUCUCGACGACAUAUCAACAGCAUCAUCGCGACCUUUUCGGGGACCCGUGCAUCGGCAUAACGCGCACCCCACGGUCGGCUUGCUUUGUCGAUGCAAAUACCCGCAACUCGGCCGUGAAAAUGCGCGCUCCGCCGUCGGGGCUCCGGCUACUCCCGCCCACCCUCAUCGCCGCACUGUGCCUCUUCGUCGCCUCCGCCUCGGCCCUCGCAGGCAGCGGCGGCGUCUGCUUCGACACAUGUUCCAACACCCUCCGCCAACCGCAGUUUAACGACACACAGUCCUACAAUGGGAGCUUGCCCUCAAGGUCGAGGCUGAUCCCGCAGUGCGUGAGCCAGCUGCACAUCAAGUCGCUCUACCUCUGCGCCGACCUGCACUGCGACUUGACGCACCGUGUCGCUGGCUUGAGCAAUGUCAACCACACGUGCCAGGCCUACAUGAACACCUCGCUACCGCCCUUUGAGAUCGUCGCUGGUUAUUCUGAUGAGGACAUUGCUGGCUUGCGGAGGUUGACCAAGGCGGAAGGGUCCAACUCGUCGACUGUGCUGAAUGAGGUGGUGUUGCCUGCGGACGCUUAUUAUCAGAUCUGGUUCGACUCUCUCGAAUCCGUCGAGUACACAUACGGUAAUCACUACAGAUAUGGGUUCUAUGUGAUUGUCUUCUGGUUCAUCGUUGUCGCCAUCGGGCUAGGAUCUCGCCUCGUGUCGGCCAUCGGAAACCUUCAAAAGCAGGAAUGGGAUUCACGAAAGUCGUCCAGCAUCCUUCACUGGUCCGCCCUCUGGCUCAAGCGAUACAUCACCGUCCCCGCCACCUUCGGCUACCGCUGCUCUCAGAACCUCGGCUGGUGCACCAUUCCGCCACGCAUCCAGAGUCUCACCAUCUUCACCUUUAUUGCCGCGAACGUCUUCUUCUGUGUGCACGGGUACUGGAUCUUCUCCGGUCACAUGUAUUGGCCGCAGAAAUACCAUUUGGUCUGGCGCUAUGUAGCCGAUAGAACCGGCAUCAUCUCUUUCGCCAACUUCCCCAUCAUCUGGCUAUUUGGCAUGAGGAACAACCUUCUCAUGUGGCUGACCGGCUGGGACUUUGGGACGUACAACAACUUCCACCGUUGGGUUGCCCGCGUCUCGACGCUCCAAGCUGUCACCCACUCCGUCGGCUACGUUGUUCUGGUCUUUGAUGACGGCGAUUGGAAUUACUGGAUGUCGUAUUGGCACCAGAUGUGGUGGAUUGAAGGAUGGUUUGCUACCGUUGGCAUGUGCGCCUUGCUCUUUGCCUCCGUCUUUUGGAUGCGACGAAAGCAAUACGAGCUCUUCCUCGUUCUUCACAUUCUACUCCACGUCUCCAUCUUCCUUGGGCAGUUUGACAUUCUCUUCUGGGUACCUUGCCUCAUUUGGAUUGGCGAUCGUAUUCUACGCAUGUCGCGGACGCUGUCCUUCAACCUCAAGUUCUGGAAUACGUUCGCCCUCGCCACGUAUGACGCGAACUCGAACAUCGUCCGCAUCAAUGUCCCAUACUCGACUAGCUUCUACGAGCCCAAGGCUGGCACCUACUAUUACCUUCAUGUCCUCAGCGACAAGCGAUUUUGGGAAAGCCACCCAUUCACAAUGGCCUGCACAACGACAAACAUGAACGUUAGAAGAAAGUCAUCUAGCGAGCAGACUCCCCUACUCGUAGCGGGAGAGCAUGAUAUAGAACCUAUCUCUGAGGUUGGGUACGAGCCGAGGAGAGGCGAGCCAUCAAUGACGUUCCUUAUCCGCCCGUACGACAGCUUUACCGGUCGCCUACGUGAGGAUGCAGCAGCGCAGUGGCCCCGCCCUGCACGCCUCCGCGUUCUCGUGGAAGGUCCCUACGGUCACAAGCAGCCCUUCAACCAGUUCGAUGACCUCCUUUUCAUCGUUGGAGGCAGUGGUAUUGUGGUGCCGCUCGCCCACCUCGCAGAGCUCACCAAGGCAUCUUCAAAGACUCGGUCGAUUAAGAUCGUCUGGGCAGUCCGCGAACUGAGCUUCGCGGUGGAUGUGCUACGCCAUGACUUUGAAGACGCCUUUGAUUGUGGGAAGUUGUCGGUCGAUAUUUAUGUUACGCAACACAGUCUCGCAUCGAAUGCUCCGCGGCCAGAGGAGUGGCCGGAGCAGGUUCGUUUACUUCACGGGCGUCCCGAAGUUCGUGAAGAUGUACAGGACGCGGCCACCGCAGCUGACAAGGCCAGUCUUGCCGUCAUUGCGUGUGGGCCUGCUGUUGUGGCCGACGAUGCUCGAAAGUCAGUUGUUGAAAUGCUUGGCCGUGGGUGGUCUAGAAUCGAAUACUUCCAAGAAAGCUUCAACUGGUAA